AAGCCUCGGCAUCACGCUGCCGGUCGCGACACUAAUGAGAAGUUAAUGACGCUACCCGUGAGUCUGUAUGAACAUCAUAAGUGGCGUUAGUUCUUCAGACUUGGACAACGAGUCGCUAAAGAGGUCUUCCUGGAUGAAGAUCAUCGAGAAAACGUCAGCGAUGAGCAAGAUGCUUCAACUACAAUUCGAGCAAAAAGACACGGCUAUGAGGCAAAGUUCCUACUACCUCCCAGGACGAGUAGGAUCUCCCUGGGUCUCUGCCGGAGGGAGAGCCACGGCGCUAUUGCAUCGGCAUAACGACGAUCGAAGCCAACGAUCCAUGGACCCGUGCCGAUAUUACGAACAGUUUUGCGGCAUCAAGGCCGCCUCCUUAGCCGAGAUCUUGUCUCACGAUGACUCACGCCUAGGUUGCCUCCUGCCUCGCUGGCUGGGGCUCUCGCUGCCUUUCUUCCUUCUUCUUCCUCUUCUCUCUGUGUAACCCGUAUCACGAGUCGCGCUGGCAAAGAACGACGGAUAAAUAGAGGCCUAUCCGGGCCAGGCUAGGCCAGCCAGAAAAAGUGAGAGCGGCUCUUGGUAAGCUUACACGUUUAACAUAGUUUAUAGACACAUCGUGCCGCAAGCCGUGCACCACCACCGUGCUAGAUCCUCGCGGUACGAACGAUUAUGAAACAGGAACGAGCUGGCCAGGAGGAAGCGUGCCGCGAGUGGCGGAACAAGGAUCGAACGAAAAUUGUCGCCGGUAUGGAUUUAGAAGAGUAAACGUUGCGCAGGUACGAGGGGAGAGGGGAAACUUUCAUGAUGCAAAUCCCGGGAACGUUCGGCUGCACCGAUGGUAAUCAGAGACAGCGAAUUGCUUCCUGUUGCAAAAUUAGAGCGAAGCGGCUUGUACCGCGCCGGCUGUGGAAUUAUUUAGGAUUCAGGUUCGUUUUCGAGCCGAGUAAACAAGGCGGUAAGCGCCUAGCUAAAGCUACUGGCGAUCGUUUGAUUUGCGAUUAUGCAGAAAGGUGAAAGUUGUGAUUAGUAAGAGUGUCUCCGAGCGUUGCGCUGCUCGGACUUCGGACUAAUCGAAAUGUAGAUUAUGCUCGUGAAACUUCUGAUCGGGAUAUUAUUCUUCCAGUUUAGACUUUUCGUUUCAAACAAGCUUUCAAAGAUCCCUAACACGCGAAUGGUAUAAAACGUUGCCUUUCGACUUUCACGAUCUAGAGGAACAUCAAGGAUAGAGGCCAUUUUGUCGCUUUUUUAACCAAUAAUGCAUCUGUGAGUCAUGUGUCCUAAUAUGGCGCUUAGUCCCAUGAUUAAGUUCGACCAGUCCUAUCCUUACGCGGGCCACUGGAUCGCGAGGAAAAAGGUGAGAAAGCGCACGGGCAACCUUCGUACGCGAAAUUUCGGCAAGUAACAAUGUUGCGAGCAUACCGAGUAGGUGGAACGAAAACAGGAAGAUUUCUAUGUUAUGGCAAACGAAAUAUCUCGUAGACGUGACUUCGCAUACGAAUGUCAGUUUGUCGGAGUUCCUCAGGGUGCAGUUAAAACGAAGCAUCAAAGACUAGAUAGAUUAUAUCGUCGAGACCGGUUUCAAUAUUUUUCUCAUUCUUUUUGUUUCUCGAAUAAAUUCUUCGAGUACUUAAAUAACAAACUACCAUGCGAUGAGUUAUGAAAGAGCAACGAGAGACAAUUACUGCUCUGUGUUUAAUGGCUAUAUCUGCUGUCAGUACUUAAUAACGGAAGUAUUCUAAGAAUCAAAGAAUGAUAUUGUAUUACAAAUAAAACUCAUAAAUGAAAUUGCACGA